GAUGCUUGUGAGAGGUGGAUGAAAUGUAGUAAUAAAUCCAUUCAUCAUUAUUUAACAAAAAUAGCAACACUUCCCAGUUGCCCGUGUAAAUACCCACUAACUGUGGGCAGAGACAAGAAAAUCAGGGAUUCGUCUUUAGAAAAGAAUUUUGUUUGGGAGGACGCGAGUUCAGAGGAAGAAAAACUGAAUAUUUACAAACCGGGUGCCAAAUAUUGUAUUCGUUCAAAAUUGACUUCCAAUGCUUUGGCAUCACAACAGUGUUGCUAUGACGACUACCAUCGAUUGAUAACACGUGGUCGUGAUGCUGGAACUCCGAAUCUAGUCAGUCCCCAGCUGUCAAAAGAGUUACAUAGAAAGGUUGAUGUUCUACCCUGGGUUUUGUGUAAAGGCGACUGGACCAGAUAUAACUUGGUAAUAAACCCGAACAAUAAAAGACAAUGUGAAGAGAAUCCGAAUAUAGCGGAAAUUAAACAUCAAAUAUUACUGGCCAAAAAUUAUUGA